AUGGAACCCCGAGAGGAGGAGAACCAGCCGUUGAUUGCUCCCGGCUUCAUCCGAGGAACGGCAUCCGCAAGUAGCAACCGCAGCGGCGGGUCCUCCUGGGCCGUAGGAUCGCCUUCACCUUCUGCAUUUGAAGCAUCGGGAACCGUCGGAUUAGCACCAGUGACAGGGUCGGGAGCGACGGUAUCCCUUGUCCACACGGCGCGUUCUGCGGAUUCCACGUCAGCAUCGAACUGGGCCUUUCAUGCAGAAGCCACAGACAGGGAUUAUCGAAGCCCGUCCGUCUCGCCAUUCGCGUCGCCAAUUGCGGCGUCUGCUGUGCCGCCGCCCGCGGCGCCGGUUGCGGCGUACAGCAAGCACGAGGCGUUCGCGUUUACUGUCGACAUGCGCGGCGAAGGGGCGGCAGGAGUGGGGCCAGCAGGAGUGGGGCCAGCAACAGGAGGGGGUGCUGCGGGGAGAGGCGGGGAGGUGGAGGACAGGGGGAGCGCACCGUGGGCGAUGGCGCGGGCAGUGGAAAGGGGGAUGAGCGGCGAUCCCGCUGAUGGGCUCGAGCAGCCCCUCCAACCCGCCCGCCUGGCACCUCUAGAGUCCCCCGAGCUGAGGGCCAUUCUGCACAAGUCCGCCUCCAUGCUGCGCUUUGAGUCCAUCCGCCGCCGCAAGGGGUCUGGAUCAGACGACUCCCUCGCCUCGCAGCAGCACCUGCUGCCGCCCGGGGCGGCCGGCAGCGUUGGGAGUGGGCGGCACAGUUUGUCCCGGGCUGACAGUGGCGGGAGUGCGGGGAGCUUUGGCAGUGCGGGAGGGGGAGGAGGGAGUGGGAGUAACAGCUUGAAUGUGACUCCGGAGAGUAGCUUUCACCGCGGGGAUAUGUACAGUGGGAGCAUGUUCGAG